AUGACUUCAGAAGUAGAAAAUCAGGAGAUUGCGAAGCUUCCACAAAAGCGACUCUACAGGCAGAGGGCUCAUUGUAAUCCUUGGGCAGACCAUUCCUUAAAUUAUCCCACCAGACCAGAUUUAUUUCAAUGGGGAGUGCUCUUUGAUGGUAAAGAAGAGCCACCAGUUACUAUGGUCGAUAUUGGUUGCGGUUAUGGUGGACUUCUAUUCAGCCUCUCCACGCGGUUUCCUACUUCCAGGAUUGUUGGCAUGGAAAUUCGACUCAAAGUAAUGGACUACGUGCAGGUAAGUGGUCAAAUCGAAGGUCGCUAUUUAACAUGUCCGAGUUGGCUUCUUUAA